AUGAUUCACCCAAUAACGACGGAAUUUGGCGAUAUAGUUGACCUGGAGAGAAACGAUGGAAAGACGGAUGUCAUCGUUAAUGAGGGCGUCUCUACUGUUUCCUACACUUUGGAUGAGGGUCUAAUCGAAUUUGGAACGGCAAUUGAUGAUGGUGACUUUGGGAGGGCUAUCACGUUCUUGGAAUCGCUGGACAUGACACCCGAAACAGAAGCCAUGUGGAAGACCCUUAGUAAGCUGGCUGUGCAGGAAGGAAACCUGCCAGUUGCAGAAAGGUGCUAUGCUGCACUUGGGGACGUCUCAAAAGCUCGUUUUCUUCAUCAAGUCAAUGAACUUGUGGACGACAUCGAAUCGAAAACAGGGAUGGAUGGAUCUAGACACCCACUUGUGCAAGCAAAACUAGCUGUUCUUAAUAAGCAAUUCAAAAAAGCAGAGGGUAUUUAUUUAGAACAGGGAAUGAUCGACCAAGCCAUGGAGAUGUACCAAGAGUUGCACAAGUGGGAUGAUUCACUUGAAAUUGCAGCAAGAAAAGGCCACCCUGAACUUGAAAAUCUGCGUUCAAAUUACCUUCAAUACCUUUCAACCUCAGGGCAAGAGGAAAAGGCUGGAGAAGUUAAAGAGUCACAAGGAGAGUACAUGGAGGCAAUCAAUUUGUACAUGAAGGCUGGACUGCCUGCCAGAGCAGCUCGCUUAGCGUUAAGCCAUGAUGUGUGUAAUGUUUUGUAGAUUUUUUAUUUUUGUUUCUGUACAUAUAUUGGCGACAUAUCUGCAAUAUAUAAAGCUUGACGAAAGUCCCUCUAACGUUCCUCUCUUUAUCAGUUGUUUAGAAAUUGCAAUAGGACUAUCUGCUAAUAAUCCAUUUGAAGCCUGUCGAUUGGCUACAUUUUUUAUCCCAACUUCCUUUCUUUUUUCAGUUUUCUCGUCAACAUGUUACAAAAGUUUCUAAACUAAGUAAUAUUAGUGAUCCCUGCUGAAAAGCGUUACGGUUGCCUUUGUUUCUGCUUUAUUGCCAAAUAUAUGAUAAUUUUCCUCGUUUGGUUGCGUUUUUCGAGCUUUCAAGAUAACCAAUCUGAGCUAGCUUCUUGAGCGAGCUAAGUUA